AUGGCAGCAGCUAAGCGCUGCCGUCUGGACGAAGAGUUGUUGUUGCUGUUUGAUGAAGACAGCAGCUGUAGCACAGAUUCGAGCACAAGCUCCUCUUCGGACAGCAGCGGCGACGACGAGGAUUUAGCAUUGUAUGAGCAGAUGUUCGAGCAGCUUUUUACCCCGCCGGAGAAGCGACCGAAGGUCGAGUCGUAUGUGGAAAAGACGGUCGCCGCUUUUUCGGACGAAGAGAUUCCCUUGCUGCUGAGUUCGCGAAAUCGCCGCACUACGCUUCAAGAACUGAUCGCGGAGGCCUGCCCCCAAAGUCGCCUCAAGAGCAUGUAUGCUACCAAUAAAUCCUGCAUACGGGAUGUCGCUGGGCGAUUUGAGGUUGGGGAAAGCACGCAUCACACGAUGAUGUACCCCGUCAUGGCGUUUCUUCUGGACAUCGCACCCCGCAUCGUGACCUUCCCAGAUGACUUGCAGAAGCUUGCUAAUGCGUUGGAACAGGUUUCAGGGUUUCCAGACACCAUUGGCGGCAUUGACGGGAGCUAUAUUCCUGUUAGGUGCCCUGCUGGUAAGGUGCGGUCAGUGUACGUGAAUGGGCAUUAUUACCCAUCCUUGAUGCUGCAGGGGAUAUGUGAUAACUGGAAGAGGUUCCUUGAUGCCAGAACUGGUGCACCUAGUAAAAUUCACGACUCUAGGAUCUUUUGGCUUUCAAACAUUUCGAAGAAAUUGCCUCAACUCAGUGCUGGAAAAUACCAUAUUCUUGGGGACGCUGCAUACCCAUCUCGAGAGUUUUUGAUGACUCCCAUUCGAGACUAUGGAAGCCUGGAUGCCUCUGACAAGGCAUUUAACACGAAACUUUCAUCCACCUGUGUGCUAACUGAAAACGCAUUUGGGGAAUUCAAGGGUAGAUUUAGGCAGCUACAGCGUUUGGACCUCACGACUGUAGACAAAAUGUCAAAAUUUAUUCUCUCUUGCUGUGUCCUUCACAACAUCUGCAUCGACAACGGGGAAUCAUUCCAUAGUCCACUUGAGGACAUGCGUCUGAGCUCCCAGGUUAACAAUGAUCAGAGCCCUACUGCAGAUGAAGUCUGCAGCGGAACAUCUAGAGAAGAGAGCCUCUUACGGGCACUUGCAGAAGUUAAAAAAAAAAAUUAAGCCUAAGAUUGGACUGAAGAGGAGGUACCCACAAAGCCUGUAGUGAUGCAAACACAGGGCUAAACAUAUGUUCAAAGCAAUGCUUCGUGAUGACCAUGCACAGAAACGUUUUUGUCUUGCACGAAAUAAGCACUCAUAAAAACAUGCUCAUCCAAAGUGUAGUGUUUUAUUGCUUGAGCCCCAAGGCCUCACGGAUGAGCUGAAGUUUAUCUUCCUGCAUCUUGCGAUGUUCCUGGCGUUCUUGAAUGCGCUCAGCUUGCCGCUCAGCACGCCUCUUCUUUUCGUCUUCUCUCUUUUCCCUUUGAGCUAUUCGCUCUGCGCUUAUAGCCCUCAUUUGAUAAAAAAAAAUUGCAUCUGCUGCAUACGACUAGUACUGGCACGGCAUUCCCUUUUCCUCACCUCUGUUGACCCUUUCAUAC